AUGAUUGGUACGCCCUUGGGCCAAAUUAUUAUAGAAAGUGCUAGGCGGCUCAUUCUCUACAAGCUUGAUUUGACCGAGUCACAAAACUUCAACGACUUUUUCAUUGCUGUCGGUGGUUGCGGUGGUCUCACUGCUUUCCUUCAAAAACCCAAGCAAACUGGCAAUUCCGUCCUUAUUAUUACUACUGCGGCUGGAAAAGUUUUUGCUGAAAAUUUAUGGAAGGACGCACCUCCUGUCGCCGUGACAUGGUCGGAUUCAGAAGAAUUGGCAGUAGUGCAGAAGUCUGGCUAUGUUACCAUGCUCAACUUGAAUGGUACUUUCAAACGCCGCUUCGGUUUUGGUAAAGAAGCUGAAAAUACCCAGAUAGUCGAGGCCAAGUUUUUUUCCUUUGAAGGACGAACGGCAGUAGCCGUUAUUACUGGGAGCUCGCAGAUCUUUGUGGCCUCCAGUUUAGAACGACCACGCAUCCUUGCCAUAUCCACUGAAGUACCUCUGACAAAUAGGGCGUUCGUUUGGCAGCUAGUCUCAUCAUCGACCUCAGGCGAAAUAGGUGCUUUCAAGGGACCGUGGGUUCUUUUGGCUGUGGAUAAGGAAAUUCACCGUAUGGGUGUGGGCAAAGCAAUGAAGGUUGAAAUCCAGAGCCAGGGUCGGCAGAAUCGUUUCUCAGCCUACCACAAGAUGGCCAUCUCACCGGACGAAGAGCGAGUGGCGCUCUAUCUGGACAGCGGUUUGCUACGUGUCGCCAGCCUUGGUCCCUCCUUUGAGGUCUGCAUGGAGCUCGAUUUUUCGGAUCGCGCCGCGGCGUUGGGUAGUGGUAGCAAUGGCGGCCACGUUGCCACCCUUCCCUCUGACAUGGCCUGGUUCGACAACUCCACCAUUGCGCUACAGUGGCGAAACUUUUUGGUCAUUGCCGAUAUGGAAAAAAACGUCUACGAGCUCUUCUAUCCCUCCUUUGUACAUAUCCAACCUGAGGCGAGUCAGAUGUACUUCUUUAUCACGUGGUGGGUGGAUGGUCUGCGGGUACUGACGCCGGCAACUCACGAAAUAAUCCAGCGGGUGCCGCAGGAGCUGGAGUGCCUAGGUCGUAUCGGGGCCUCAAGUCCGGCAGUUCUCCUGCUCUCCGCUUAUCGUGAGUGGGAGGCGGGCUCGGGUCGUGCCCACGAAUUCCUCCGCCCCAUCCAUUCCGCCGGCCGUAUGCAUGAUGCCGUCUCCGCUUGCCUGCGAUCCGCCGCUCAAUGUGCCCCCUCCUCCGCCUUGGACGUCCAGCGGACUCUCCUCGCGGCCGCCCACUUCGGCCGUGGCUUCCUCUCCAUUCUCGCAGCCCCUGGCUCCGGCGCUAAGGACCUCGAUUGCGGCACGCUUGACAACCUGUCCGAGCUGACAAUUCAGAUCACUACAACCUUGCGUCUGUUGAACAGCAUUGCAGUCGACUGGAUUGGAAUGGCACUCACUUGGAAGCAAUUUGAGUUGCUUGGUCCUUCGACACUUUUAAAUCGCUUGCUUGCAAGAAAGCACUACCCUCUUGCUGUUGAGCUUGUCCGGGUCUAUCAAAAGUUUCCCUCUAAAAUUCCUGAAUAUGUUCAGGUAAGAACGACAGGCAUGACGCGAAUCCUCCGCCAUUGGGUGAAAAGUCUGCCAGCCCAGUCGGCCAACCCCUCUGAUACGAGUAAUAGCAUGCUAACACGUCGCCUCUUCGAGAUAAUCAAUCGCUGUGGCGGCAGUGAUAGGAGUGCUGACGGUGGAGGCGUGUCAUUUGCGGCGGUAGCGGAGACUGCGAUUGAAUGCGGUCAGUUGGCCCUGGCGGAGCGCCUGUUGGAACUGGAGCCUCGAAUAUCGGCGCAGAUCGCGCUGCUGAUGCGUCUGCGCCGCUAUGGCCACGCACUGACCCGUGCGGUGCAAUCAGGUGACGCGGAUCUUCUGCUAGCGGGGGUGCUCCAGCCCUUACAGGAGGGCGAGGCGCGCAUGGAGCCCACUGCACUGAGCCUCCUCCUGCGACAACAUCCCAUCGCCCUUGCUCUCUACCGGCAGUACCUUGAGGGUGCAGGUGUAGGUGGUAGUAUCGUACCGCGUCAACCUAGGGGCAAGCUCGCCUCACAAACCCUUGCUGUUCUCCAACAAGAGGACGAUCCUGCUCUGGCCAUUCAAAGAACUGUUCUUGAAGCAUUCUCGUCCAAGGAUCCCGUGUAUCGAUCUUCCUUGCUACUGAAGGCAAGAGAUUCCUACCAACAAAUAAAGGCCGACUUUCUUUCGCAUACCUGCGAGGAGGCGGCCAAGUUGAUAAACUUUCACAGACGCUUAGAGGAGCAGCAGGUGACUGCACCGUACUUUUGUUUGGACGAUCGCGCACCCGGGUCGCACGUGCUGCCACGAGUGCUUGAGGCGGCAGCCUUCCGGUGGCAGGGUGCCUCUGUCAACGCUACCUACACUCGUCUCGUGGCCGCCGGGUCCCAGCUCACGGAGCGGCUGGCUGACCAGUUGCGGCGCGAUUUCAAGAUGCCCGAGAAGAGGGUUGCUUACUUGCGUCUCAUCGGACUCGCGCUCUCUGCUAACACAGAUGCCGCCUGGACCGAAAUCGAGCGAAUGGCCUUCGCUAAGCGACCUCUUAUUCAGCUAGACGUGUUUGUUAAGAUUUACGUGGACGCCGGACGUCUGCAACAGGCGGCUGACAUAAUUGAGAAAUUACCUUUGGAGCAAAGAAUACGGUCCCUCAUUUUGAUAGGACAAAGUCAGGAGGCUAUUGAUCUGGCAAUUCACGAGCGAUCUGAAUCAAUGCUUCAUCUUAUUCAGCGUCUUCUAAUCAAAACUGAUCGCGCUACAGCUGAUCAAGUUGGGCGAAUUCGUUCACAACUCUCGUCAGACGAACCGGAACUAGUCAUGUCACGGUACACUCUGCACACCGCGUACGACGCUCGUGUGGCACUUGUCAGAGAGCGCGGCCGCUCCAAGUCCUGGUGUGCCAUGGCUGUGGUGGAACCACAGCAGAAAGUACCCUCUGACAUCAGUUAA